GCUCUCUUUCGCUUUUCGCUCACUCCUACCGGGUCGCGUGGUGUGGUGCUAGUUAAAUAAUUUAUAAAAUAAACAGCAAAAAUGGCUUUCGGAGACGUUAAAUCUGCACAAGGUCUCAGUGAAUUGAACCAAUAUUUGGCUGAGAAAAGUUACAUAUCUGGAUACACUCCAUCUCAAGCCGAUGUUCAAGUAUUCAAUGAAGUAGGCAAAGCGCCCGCUGCCAGCCUGCCCCACGCCCUUCGUUGGUACAACCAGAUCGCCUCAUACACACCAGCAGAACGCAAGGCAUGGGCUGAAGGAGUGAGCCCCUUGAAGGCCGGCGGCAAACCUACUACAGCACCUGCAGCCAAGGAUGAUGAUGAUGACGAUGAUGUUGAUCUAUUCGGAUCUGGAGAUGAGGAAGAGGAUGCAGAAGCAGCCAGAAUUCGCGAUGAACGUUUGAAAGCAUAUGCUGACAAAAAAUCAAAGAAGCCUGUCCUCAUUGCCAAAUCCUCAGUAAUCCUGGAUGUUAAACCUUGGGAUGAUGAAACAGACAUGGCUGAAAUGGAAAAACUUGUCCGCUCUAUCGAAAUGGAAGGUCUCCUUUGGGGUGCCUCCAAACUCGUCCCAGUUGGUUAUGGUAUUAAGAAACUACAGAUCAUGAGUGUCAUUGAAGACGACAAAGUAUCAGUUGAUCUGUUGACUGAAAAGAUCCAAGAAUAUGAAGAUUUCGUCCAAUCUGUAGAUAUUGCUGCUUUCAACAAAAUCUAAACGAGCUGUAUGAAUCAUACUUUGUCACUUUUUCAAUAAAACAAUAUGUAUCUUAUUUAA